UAAAAUAUAUUAUUAUUUUUAUUUCAAAUAUUUUUCUUCAUAGAUAAACUAUAAAAUUAAAAUGCCACCUAAACCAGCAGGAAAAGCCGUUAAAAAGACUCACAAGCCUAAAGUCGCAAAAGGUGAUAAGAAAAGGAAGAGAUCGAGAAAAGAAUCAUAUGGUAUCUACAUUUACAAAGUGCUGAAGCAAGUUCAUCCCGACACUGGUAUAUCCAGCAAAGCCAUGUCCAUAAUGAAUUCCUUCGUUAACGACUUGUUUGAAAGGAUUGCAGCAGAAUCAUCUCGUUUGACUCAUUACAACAAACGUUCAACUAUCUCAAGUCGGGAGAUUCAAACUGCGGUUAGACUGUUAUUGCCUGGAGAGUUGGCUAAACAUGCUGUGAGCGAGGGAACCAAAGCUGUUACAAAAUACACAAGUUCAAAGUAGUCUCUUUGCGACUAUCAAUACCCAACAGCCCUUUUUAGGGCUACAUAUUUUAUUGAAGCAAAUAGUUUAUGAAUCAAAUUUUAAUAUA